CUUAAGUAUAUAAAAAAUUGAAUUCCCUGUCAAGUGAACAUCAGCUGGGAGAUGCUCUGUCUUCAUUCUGGCCUGAGGUCUCAUGGCUUACUAUGAGUGAUUCUGAAUCUGGCCAUGGAUCCAAGUGCUGCCCAAGGAGAAAAAAGCAAAGUCUCUGAGACCAUGAAGGCAAAGAUUGAGAGGAACCGUCAGCGGGCUUUGAUGCUUAGGCAAGCUAGGCUGGCGAACUGGCCCUACCCUUCUCCUGGCGAAGGCAGUUCAAAAGUUAAAGUACCUUCAAAGACGAUAGAUACAGGAGGAGGGUUUUUUCUGGAGGAGGAAGAGGAAGAAGAGACAAAUCGACACCAAACUGGGAAAAUUGUGCAUCCUCCUGGUCCAGUAUUAGAAUUUGAUUAUCUGAUCUGUGAAGAAUGUGGGAAGGAAUUCAUGGACUCUUAUCUCAUGAACCAUUUUGACCUGGCAACAUGUGAUAAUUGCAGAGACGUUGAAAACAAACAUAAACUCUUAACAAGAACUGAAGCAAAGCAAGAGUAUCUUCUCAAAGACUGUGAUUUAGACAAGAGAGAGCCAGUGCUUAGAUUCAUUCUGAAGAAAAAUCCUCAUAAUCCACAUUGGGGUGAUAUGAAACUUUAUUUAAAACUACAGGUAAUUAAGCGCUCCCUUGAAGUUUGGGGUAGUGAGGAAGCAUUAGAAGAAGCUAAAGAAAAUCGACAAGAUAACAGAGAGAAGAUGAAACAGAAAAAGUUUGAUAAAAAAGUUAAAGAAUUACGGCGAGCUGUAAGAAGUAGUUUAUGGAAAAAAGACACAAGUAUCCAUCAACAUGAGUAUGGAGCUGAAGAAAUGAUAGGUGAUGAUAUGUACAGAAAGAUCUGCAGCACGUGUGGUCAUGAAUUAACCUAUGAAAAGAUGUAGUACAGCUUGGAUUUACAUUCGAUGCAUUUUUGUAUUCAAGUGUUUAUAUAAUUGAUCACAUUCUUUGUGACCUAUUUUGCAUACCCUAACCAUUAUCCAGAAAUAACUGAAAAUUAUGUAGAAAAAAGGCAUAAUAAUAAUCCUUUUAUAAAAAUGUUACAUUUAUUGAAUAAU